AGCAACUAGCAAACAUCUCAUCUGUCUGGCACAACGACGUUAUGGUUUUGGUAGCUGCGGGGUUUUUGUCCUAUUUUUGUUGAAUUUUCCUCAGCUGCACACAUUCCGUGCAGCUCGAGCUUUUUAAUAAGUAGCCAGACCGUUUGUCAAGCUUAAAAUACCGAAACCAGCCGAUUGUUUGGACUUUGAGGCCGUCCAAUCUAUAUUUUCAUCGCGUUUUUUCCCAACGACUAAUCAACGUUUUUUCUAUUUUUCCUUUUUUUAUUACACGUCAAAGUAUUGCUUACCACUUCGCCGACGAGGCAUAUCGAAAAUGGCUUUGAAUGCUGCUUGUUUUCCAAACGCAACCAGCACAGCAGCAGAAAAGCACGAGAUAAAAUAACAAAAAUAUCACCACCAGCUGCUCAAACUCACCUUUUUGUCAAAUCUGGCAACCAACAGAUCUGACCGAGCUGUCAAGUCUAGUAUUUUAACUAGUUUUUUUUCACGAUGCACAUUGGUCUCUAGUUAAGAGCUUAAGUAUCAGAGUCUAAAAAUUGACUUAUCUGUUUGACAGCUCAUCAUUCAACGUAUUGAGACUUUCCUGACUAUCACCAUUCACAUGCUUCCAGGAAGAGUUGCCCUGAUUUUGCAAACCUGGAGUGUUUUUUGGUUUUGCGUGAGUGUUUUUCCUGGGUCGUGUUGCUCGAGUUCUCAUUUUUUAAACAUUUGAUGUCCAGUUUCUCGUCUAAUAUGAGCAGGACUAGUUAAUCUAGUGAUUUUUGGCAGCUGAGGGACAUUUUUUAUUCGUUUUUAUCAUCCAGCCUUUUUGAAAGCAGCGUUAGUUAACAGCCGUGUUUAUUUACACGUCUUUGGUUCUCUCAGAUAUCAACCAGCCCCCAUAUCUAAACAUUUCCCUCGCUGCCUUACAUUAAUAUAUUUUAUAUACUCGUCUGGCUGGAUUUUUUUUAUUCUCCAAAAGCUAAAGGACGGAAAAACCACGAAGCAACGAAAGGCUGCUGGUGCUUGUUUUUCCCCCUCUCCUUUCUGACCCGGAUUGUCGUUUUUAUCGCGGAAAAUGUCGGCUAUUGAAAAACUGCAGAUGUUGAUCGAAGCAGCUGAAUAUCUCGAUCGAAGAGAAAGAGAAGCGGAGCACGGCUACGCCUCAAUGUUACCGUUCACCAGCAGCAAAGAUAGGGACGGCUCGAAGCGAAAAAUCAAAAGCAAGAAAAAUUGCAGUAGCAGGUCUACACACAACGAGAUGGAGAAGAACAGGAGGGCACAUUUACGGCUGUGUUUGGAACGCUUGAAAUCCAUCGUGCCCUUAGGACCAGACUCAAACAGGCACACAACUCUCAGCCUACUUAUGAGGGCUAAGGAACACAUCAAGAGGCUGGAGGAGGGCGAGCGAAAGGCUCAGCACACUUUAGACCAUCUGCAGAGAGAACAAAGACACCUGCGCAGACGUCUGGAGCAGCUGGGAGUGGAGCGCACACGCAUGGACAGCAUGGGCUCCACCAUCUCCUCUGACAAAUCUGACUCUGACCAAGAAGAGGUGGAUGUCGACGUGGAGGGAACGGACUAUCUGCUGGGUGAUCUGGAGUGGAGCACCAGCAGCGUAAGCGACUCGGACGAGCGGGGAAGCUUGCGCAGUAGCUGCAGCGACGAAGGCUAUUCCAGUGCCAGUCUACUUCACCUCGCCAACUCUCAGGAGAAGAGCCCGACGCUGGGCUUCAGUCUUUAAGAGCACAGAUCACCACGCUACUCUGCCACUCAUCACCCACCACCUCAACCCGUACCUCCAGUCAUCUCCUGCCACGUCCUGCUCUAAUACUCCAACGAUGUUGCCUCCUUUGUGACCGAUGACAAAGACAGAAACGGCCUUUCUCGAUGCUCUGACAAAUCCAGUCUGUUGUGUUUGUGUGUGUGUGGAGUCCAAAGGAGGAUGCAUGGAGAAGGUAUUGGAAUUCGACCGUGGCGUCCAAUAAACAAACCUCGCGCUAACUGGGAAUCAAGGCCCGUGUGAGCCUGCCGAAGACAGGCCUUCUCCGCGACCCUAACCGAUCCCCUCACACCAUCGGCUCCACUCCCCAAUCCCCGGUGGUGGAGGCAGAAUGUUAACGCCUGCCUUAGUCCAAUCAUAUCUUCCCACCUUUUCCCAUCAUCCAAUUAUGGAGAGAGGCACUCGAUCAGGACAUUCCCUCCUCAACAGAGACCCUUAAAGGGAUCCUCCGCCCAAAAAUGAAAAUUCUGUCAUAAAUGACUCACCCUAAAUUCGUUCGUCAAGCCUAGGACCUCCGUUUAUCUCCAGAACUCCUUCAUAGACUGAAACGCAAACAAACAUACAGUAAAUACAGACUAUAUUCAACAAUUUCCUGACUUGUGUUAGUUUCCAACGCGCGUUCACGAGAGCACCAAGAUGCGAUGACUCGUGAACGCGCGUGGAAACUAACACAAAACGUAUCCUUGUCGCUUUAUAUAAUUAAAGCUGAACCACUGGAGUGACAUGGACUAUUUCAACGAUGUCUUUACUCACUUUCAGCGCUUUGAAGUUUGGUUGCGUUUCAGUCUAUGGAGGAGUCAGAAAGCUCCAGGACCUUAAUUUGCGUUGUGGAGGUCCUAGGCUUGACACGCGACUUGACGGUGAGCAAUUUAUGAUGGAAUUUUCAUUUUUUGGCGGCGGUAUGCUUUAAAGACCUCAAAGCCAGAUGAAGAAUGUGUACCAUACCACGUCCACUGCCUACUCACUGUCUCGCUCUGGGACAAUCGCGCCCAAGGCUGUCUUUGACGGCCCUUUAUCGUUCCUUCAAUCAGAAUGAACCGUCCAGAAGACGCAGGGCUGGGUCACUUGACCAGUUAGCUAACCUACCAGAGCAUGGUAUUUUGCACUUAGACAACGAUUUAGUAGGAGUGGCCUCUUUACGCUCGACCGAAGCCGCUUUCGCCCUGUCACGCAGAAUGAACGCGGACGGGACAACGGAGCAAAAGGGCCACUUCUACCGUACAGGCAAGGAUCGCUCGGUGUCAAAAGAUGUACUGUAAUGUCGUUUCGUUUCUAACGUCUCUUCUAAGGGACUGCAGCUACUGUAGUGAUGUAUCAGGCGUAGUGUGUUAGCUAGUCUUAAAAAUAUCUACCUGCACUGUCUAAUUUCCAUCCGCCCGCCUGCCACUCCCGUCACGUGCUGGGAGUUAUCACUGAUGUGUCGUUGUUGUGUGUUUUUUACCCAGCAAGCACCCGUAAUGUUCAUGCUGUGCAGAAUCAUCAGGUCGGUAGCAAUACACCUCUCAACUGAACUGACUGCUCGGUUUUUGACAUCCGGAGCAAAAGAAGGCUGUCGGUGGGGUUUGUUUUUCGUUGUCUUUUUUUAAGCGUCUGUGCUUUUGAUGCCCCCGAGCUGCCACCUUGAAUUUUAUUACUACCGGGGGGCGACACACCUGACAUCGUCGUGAAGAACGGAGCAUGAGAUUCUUUGAAGGGGUUGUGGGUGGGUUUUAUGAACUGGGGCAGGGAUGGUUUUGAAAUCUGGAUCUCAGGUAUCUCUUCCUCUCUCUCUCUAAGGACAGUGGCGGUUUCCUGUGUGUGCGCGUGUUGCAUCCUCUUGUUAAUUUUUGGCUUACUUUUUUCUCUCGACCGUUUAGCACCAGAAGUACGAGGGCGAUUGUAAAAGCACAUUCCAUGAGAAGCAGAGCAGCGUGGUCGGGGUUAUUGCGUGCACUGCGGACAUUGAUAGAAAGGUCUGAGGCUUCAGGUUACCUAUGAGCAAUGAAUCCUCUCCGCAUCUGUGCCAUCAGGCUCAUUGUACGAGUGUGUGGAAGCAUGCGUGUGUGUGGUUUCUUGGUGGCUACAUUACUGCAUUGCAGUUUUACUUCGGCACCCAGCUAUCUACCAUUUCUGCUAAAUGUAGUCAUGUAUAUAGUUCACAGAAAAAGAGAGAUAUCUACCCUGUAUGUACGUAUAUUGAUAAAGUGUUUAUAUUUGAUCUACAUAUAUGUUCAAACAUAGACUAUAUAUAAAUAUAUAUAUAUAUAUAUGAGAUUAUAUUUAAGUAGUGAUUGCCUUAGUUGCUUUUGUUUUCCCUAUAUUGUUAGUUUCGACGUGUAGUUGAUUUGCACUACAUAAAAAUACGUAUAAUUAUAUAUUCGAAAACUUUACAUGACCUAAAAUUGGUGCUCUUUCACUUUCCUGUUUUUCCUGCACAAAAAAUAAAAACGUGUUAAAAAAGCAUUAAAAAUCGAGAAAACGCAUUAAAAAUAAAUAGGGGGUAUUUGUUAGUGUGUUGGUGGUAUUGAAGUGGUGAAAAGUGGCUAUGGGAAUGAAGUCCUGUUGUUAUUGUGCCUGAUGGGUCUGGGGAAAUGGUUAACUACAUACGUUUUCCUAUAACACUAGUGAGUAAAAUGAUGUAGGUUUUGUAAAGAGUCUUUGUGAAGGAUACACGUCUGAAUGUAGUGAAACCGUCUUCACUAUCGCAUCACAUGCCAAGAUUAACUCAGAUUUUACAAUAUGUCAUUUUAUAGAACUCGAAUGAUGCACCAAAAAAUCCUUUUAAAUAGAACAAAAAUAAACGAUUGUUCAUUCUUUACAUAUGGAAUGCUGCUGUUGGGUUGUUAUAAAUAUGAAAUGUAAAAAAAAGUAUAACAUUUUGUGUGCAUUGUAGCAAUGAGAGCAUUAGAGCACCGUGUAUUUUGGAGACGGGGAGGGGUGGUGUGUAUAAAUGUAUGUUUGCUUGUGACGUCACUGUCCACAGACAGAGAGAAAGGGCUCGAUUCUCUUAUUUUCUUCUUGGGAGGGUGGAGGGUUUAGGGCUGUAUGCCUUUUGUAUUGAUAUGCUUUUGUCUUGUUUUUAUUUGUUACAGGUGUUUUAAGAAAAGUGCAAACAAAAAGUGAACUUCUUUCUCAAGAUUGUGUCUUGUUAAAAAUUGGUGUCUUGAAGUUUCUCACGCCCACUGAACUUCCUUCUGCUUUCCGCAGUCUGACCCCUUCUAUGCGUAACCUAUCUCGUCGUCUUCUGUGAACACUGGUGACGGGACAUGGCUAACGCAUUGCGAGCGUUAUGUGAAAGACUGGUGCUGUCACACACCGAUGUGAAUUCCUGCUCCGACGUACCGUGUCCCGGCGCUGCGCUUAUCACAGUCAAUGAUGUCACCGUGGGAGGGGGGUAGAUGUACUACUUUGAUUUGUAUAUAUGGGUUAUUUAUCGUACGCUGAAAACGGCUAGAGCCUUAAGACAUACAAAUGUAUGGACUCCAUAGAUGUCAUCAGAAACCGAUGGCAGACGUGGUCCACAUGAGAAGAGCCCAUCGCCAGUCAUUCCCAUCGAUUGUGACUGCGUCUCAGGUGUUUCACACCUUCACAAAUACACACAAACACACACACUCGUCCUUCACAUACUGCCUCUUGUACGCUAAACAAAAGAGGUUUAUGUCUGUUUUACAUUCAAUCAGAAAUGGACAUUUCUAUGCUGUUACUUUUUAAGAAUUGGGCUACUUUGAUGUUGACUGCUAAAUAUGUGGUUAAAAGGAAUGACCUUAAAAUAAAAAACUUAAAAUGUAGAGCAGAGUUGUUUGUGGGGGUUUUUUUUAAAGAAAAAUUGACAAUGUUUAAUGACGCAUCAAAGCUGAAGCGUGUCAUUCUUGUCUUCUAUUUCAUAUGCAGCAAAGAAUUAUGUGUUUUCCAUAAAGUGUAGACAAUGUGCACAAUGGUACUGACUCAAACAGUGUACACUCUUAAAAAUGAUGUGUUAAUUAUUAACACAUCGCUUGUUAUGCUAUUAACACAUUGUGUGUCAUUUUGACACAUUUUUGUUGAUUUUGUGUGAAAUUAAUGAAAGGGACAACACAAGUUGUGUUUAAAGUAACACGAUAUGUGUUGUCCCAGAAAUAACACAGAAAUUAAGCAAAACAAAUGGCACAGAAAUUACACACUUCUGCUUUAGAGACCAAAUGGUUCGAUGCUUUUUUCUGGUUUGCAGUUUCCUUAAGUGUGUUGACAGAAUGAAACGGGAAGUAACUUGGGACAUUAAAUGGCUUGUCCUUUUUUUAUAUAGCAUUCUUUAGUUUGUAUCACAAGCAUGUGUCAUUUAUAAUUCAGAGAGCAUUUUAUUCGACAACAACUGUGUGGUGAAA